AUGGCAUAUGCACUACGUCCACAAUCAGCAAGAAGAGCUCAAGUGCAGAAGAAAUGUGACCUUUGUGAGACUGACACAAACAUUCAGUAUAGAUGUGUGCAGUGUCAAAAAUACAUGUGUGAAAAGUGUAAUAGAAUUCAUCUAAAUGUGCAGACUUCGAUCAAACAUGAGAUUAUAAGUAUACGGCCUAAUAAGGAUUUUCAAGAAAAUCUAACUAAUGUGGUAACAAACAACAUUCCCUGUGACAAACAUAAAAAGAAGGAAUAUAUAAAAUAUUGCAUUGAUUGCAUUGAACUAGUAUGUGAAGAUUGUAUACAUAAGACUCACAGAGAGCAUGAAUUAGAGGAAAUAAACAAAGGCUGUGAUGAUCCCAUAGGGAUCACUAAAGCUAGACUUUCAAAGGAUUUAUGGUUCUGUGAAAACGAGUCAAACCAAUUACAAAAAUCAACUCAAAUGUGUCUUUCAUCAUAUGACAAUGCGAGAAAGAAAAUAGAUAUUAGAGAAAAAGAGAUGAAAGGUGAAAUUGAAAAAUAUGCAAACCAAUUACGUGCUAAAAUUAAAACAAAAAAAGACAAUAUAGAGAACCGCAGAAAAACGUCUGAAAAGAAAAUCAAGGACAUAAGAGAUAUUUUAAAUGACAUAGAAUCAGAAUUGAAAAAAGCACAGAAAAGUUGCAGAGCAGACAAAAUUAUCAAAGCCAUUAGAGAAAUUAACAAUAUUUUUCCUAAUUUAGACUUUCAUCCAUUACCACAGGAGUUAAGUGAUUUUAUGUCAGGGGGCAUAACUGUGUCCGAGAUAUUUGGAUCACUCCAGUCAACACCAAUAACAAAUGAACAACACAAUAUUGACUUCCAAGUUAUUAAGAGCUAUACCACUGAGUUAAACAGUGUGCAUAGAAUGUUAACACUGGACAACAAAGCAGCUUGGAUUUCUAGCUAUGAAAUGACUACUCUGAGUAAAGUUAGCGUUGAUAACAAGAUUAGAACUGUAAAGAACAUAUCAGCUGAUGUUAAUGAUAUGUCACUUACAGCAAGUAAAAAUAUCCUCCUGUCUUUGUCUUGUAGUACUGAUGUCAGUCUGUUAACAACAAAGACAGGAGAAAUCAAACCUUUCCUGUCUCUGUCACCACUGUAUCCAGGUAGCAUACAUAUCACUAAACACAAUGAGAUUAUACUGGGUGUAAUGGAAGAGGGUGGUACUAACGACUUAACAGACAAAAGUUUUAAGUUAAUAGUUUUUGGGAUGAAUGGGAAACAAAAACAAUCUUUUGAAUAUGAUAAACAUAAACAGAGAAUGUUUACACUCCCUGAUAGAAUUACAUCUAAUGUAAACGAUGACAUAGUGGUAAUAGAUCAUUCAACAAAUUACAAUGGGAGGGUGGUGGUAUUAGAUCAGGAGGGACAGGUGAAAUGGACUUAUCAGGGAAAUCUUCAGGUUAAUUUGGGAAAAGAUCUAUUCUACCCUUCGGAUAUAGUGACAACAUCAGUAGGACAUGUUAUAGUGAGUGAUAUAAACGGACAUGCCUUACAUGUUCUGUCCCAGCAGGGAGCUCUACUGAUAUGUAAAGUUAUGACGGAUCAGGGGAUUAUACAUCCAAUGUCAUUGGAUAUUGAUAUAAAGGGACAAUUAUGGGUGGGAUGUAUUUCCGAAGAUGGUGAGUCAUGUGAUGCUAAACUUCACAUUGUAAAGUUUUCUUCAUAA